AUGUAUUUACAAUCAUCAUUUUCAAAUAAUAGUGGCAGAGGUGGAGGAGUUGUAGAUACAUCGUCAUCAUCAUCUUCCUCAUCUUCGUCUUCAAAUUCUUCACCAACAAGAGUAAACAAUAAUAACAAUAGUAAUAAUAAUAACAAUAGUAAUAAUAUACCAAAUAAUUCAUCAACAUUAUAUAGACAGAAUUUAUAUGAAUUACCAACGAAUUGGAGUUCAAAAGAGAAGUGCUCACAUUUAGAACUUUCAUCCAAUUCAUUAAGAGUAACUUAUAAAAAUAAUAAAACAGAUAAUGAAGCAGGUUUAAUAAGAGCAAAUUGUUGUAUACCACCUUCGUGCGGUAUUUAUUAUUUCGAAAUAACAGUAAUUAGUAAAGGUAGAGAUGGUUAUAUUGGUAUAGGUGUUUGUACUUCAACUAUGUUAUUAUCUCGUUUACCUGGUUGGGAAAGAAAUUCAUUUGGAUAUCAUGGUGAUGAUGGUAAUUUAUUUAAAGGUUCAGGUACAGGUAUAUCAUAUGGACCAACAUAUACAACUGGAGAUGUUGUUGGAUGUUGUAUAAAUUUUGUUCAAGGUGCAAUAUUUUUCACAAAGAAUGGAGUACCAUUAGGAGAAGCAACCAAAGAGAUAAAAGGAUUAUCAUUAUACCCAUGUGUUGGACUUAGAACACCUGGAGAAUCAUUAGAAGCAAACUUUGGACAACGACCUUUUGCAUUUGAUGUGGAUCAACUAUUUAAAGAGGAGAAACAAAGAGUAAUAAAAACUAUUAAAAACACGAAAACUGUAGAGGAUGACUCAAUCUCUACUCAAUUGGUACUCUCUUAUUUAAUGCAUCAUGGUUAUAGUGAAACUGUUAAACUAUUUGCAAAAGCUACUGGUACUGAUGGUGAUUCUUUAAAUUCACAAUUAGAUGAUAUAAAAAAUAGACAAAGAAUAUCAGAAUUAUUAUCAAAAGGGAAUAUAGAUGAAGUUAUUAAAGAGUUGGAUAAUAUUUAUCCAAAUUUUUUAACACAAAAUAGAGAUAUUCAAUUUAAAUUAUUAUGUCAAAAGUUUAUAGAGAUGAUUAAAACAUCACCAAUUGAAGAGACGAUGGCAUUUGGACAAAAUCAACUAUCAAACUUUUCAUUUGAGUCAAAAGAAUGCGAAUCAAACCUAAAUGAAAUUUUCUCAUUGAUAGCUUAUUCAGAUCCAUAUACAAGUCCAGUUUCAUUUUUAUUAGAAAAGAGUAAAAGAGAUCAAAUUAUAAAUGAUUUAAAUUGCGCAUUAUUAGUAUAUUGUCAUAAACCAGCAACUCCUGUUUUAGAGAAAAUCGUUAAACAAGCAAAAGUUGCUAUUGAUCAAGUUGUUUAUCAAAAUGCUAGUCCCGCCGCUGCUUUCAUUAAUGUAAAAGAUUUUAUUGAUGUUGAUGAUAAUUAA